AAUCCAACCCAAUUCCACUAAGCUUCCUGCACGGCUGGACGGACCACCGUCUCCAACCCACCCCCGACUCAACUGUUCAGUACUUCCCCAUACCCUAACCCUAACCCUAACAAUCUCCGAGCCGUAAAUAGCCAUGGACUCCACUCCGAUCCAACCUCCCCUCACACCUUGUUCCUCCAAACUCCCCGUCAAACGCAAAACCCCUCACCUCCCUUUUCUCACUCCUAAACUCGAACACCCAUCUCUCACCACCACCGUUGUCCAUGAUGAUCCCUCCGCCAGGCCCCAGCCUUCCAAGUUUCACCGAGUCUGGACGGAGCCAGACGAGAUCACCUUCCUCCAGGGCCUCCUCCAAUCUCACGGCCUCUCUUUCCCCAGAGAUCUCCCCGUCUUCUAUUCCCACUUCUCCACCUCCACGUCCCAGCACUAUACCAAGUCCCAGCUCUCCGAUAAGCUUCAGCGGCUCCGAAAGAAGUUCCGUAUCAUCUCUUCACGGCUUGCUCGUGGGCUUCAUCCCUCUGCUCUCUCCAGCCAUGAUCGUAUCCUUUUUGAUCUUUCAAAGAAGCUGUGGAGCCCGGAGUUUUCAGCUUCCUCUCCUUUUGGUAAGAGUUCGAGCUCUGUCGAUGCUGCUAUUAGUAUUAAUUCAAGAAAGAAGAUUGAUAGCUACGUUAAUGGGAAAUUAGUUGGGGUUAAGGUUUGUUUUUCUCCUGAUUUGCCUUUCGGUUCGAAUCAAGAUCAUGAUAACAAUGUCAGUGAUGGUGAUGAUAUUAAUGAUAAUUAUAAGAAGAAUUGCGUUGGUCAGGACGUUAGUAAUGUUGGUGAAGUUAAGAUGAAUCAGGUUCAUGUGGAUUUUGACUUCAGGGGGGAAGGGGAGGAGGAGGUGAGUAGGGAGAGAAAUGGUGCUGAUGUUGGUGGGGUUAUAGCAACCAGUGUACUGAAUGUGCUUAAUGACUGCUUGAAAGAUGUUAGGAUUGUCCUUUUGAGGCAGGGGAUUCUCUCUUCAUGUCUGAAAGAUGGGAAAGAGAUGGAUUUUGACAGGAGGUGGGGGGAGCAAAGAGUUGCAGAGUUUGACGUGUUGGCACAGCGGCUAAGGAUGGUUAUCCAGAACUCUCUUAGCAAGCAAUAAGAACGCUAAUGCAUGCUACAUGCAUCUUCAAGGAAAGAAAGGAUGCCCAAAUUUGUAAGGAGCAUACCCCUUGAUGAAGGUGCAUAUCCCCCUCAUCAAGAUUCAAGAAGAGAUGGAUCAGAACCCUCGCACUGAAGGAAAGGAGCAUUAUCUAAUCUGAAUUAAUUCCAUUGUUUGUUGGACAAUUAGAAAAUUAAUACACAAUUGAGCACUUGGUUUGAUAUCGCAUCCUAGACUUCUUUCACGCAGCCUCUUAUAAAAAGGUUGUAAUUUA